ACUGUUUGGGAUUCCAGUGCAGGAAUCCAAGUAUAUAAUAUGCCCUUUCAUCUCUUUAAAUCGACCAAGUUUGUUAAAAUGAAAAUGUUUAAAAUGAACGUACAUUAAAAAUCGCGGAUAUUUAAGUGUAUGUAGAUUUAUAAAAAUCGAAAGUAGCGGAUUAAAUUUGCGAUAAUUUCAGGUCUAUAUCGAUUGAAAAUCAAAAUGGUGGUAGAAGGCCACAUUGCUUAUUGCACGGACUUAGAUCGUAAUAACAUUAAAGAGGUGUUAAGCCUGAUUUUGAAGCCAGCCCAAAAGAAUACCGUGACAUCAACACUAUUCAACAUUACACAGAAUCGUUUUAUGAUGUGUCCAUCGCCUUUUUUACCGAAGUUAGAAAAGGAGAUCGUGCAAAACGGUACUGCAUUAAGUACUGACACUUCUGUUCUUGUCCAGAGGUUAGCAGAAGAGAGAAAAGUGACCAUCCUAAAAAAGGGCGGCAGCACAGUCAUGAUGAAUCAAGCUGAAGAAAUUACAAUGGCUGAAUCAAAAGUUAAAAGAAAUAUCAUUACAAGAAAGACCAAAUUAAGACGAGUAGACAGUGAAUCGUUGGUGAAACUGUUACAAAACGUCAACCCGACCAGUACCAUUGUCAACAGCAAUAGCUCUGCUAGAAAUCGUAGCAAAGUUUCCGGCAUCUCGCCACGAGUAGUUCAGAGAGACGAACGUAUUGAAACACAAUUACCACUAGAGAAAAACAAAUUCAACAACCCGUCUUAUCCAAAUCAAGAAGAAAACAAAGAAGAUAAACGACCUAUACAGGCAACAGAAAUAGAUACAGACGGUCCAAGCAUGCAGAUGGCAAUAAAUGCCCCGUCAAUGUUUUCCUCUCGUAAUGAAACAAGCGUACCAUCAGGUUUUUCAUACCGCUCUGCAAAUGCUAGUUCCUCGGCUGCUCUUCCAGCAGCUACAACUAGAUCUGAUCAAACGAAAGAGUCAAAUUCGUUUCUUGCAACUGUGUCCAGAUAUCCAGAGUAUAUGAGGGCUGAAAAGAGAUUGAUGACGUUUCAAACACCAGUAUGGCAACGUUUUGAAAAGCCCGACCUAACUGUCUUUGUUGACCUAGGUUUUUUCUUCACAGGUCGGGAAGAUUUGGUGAGAUGCUAUAUGUGCGGUAUCGGUUUAAAAGACUGGGUCAGGAAUGACGCAGUUUUGCAGGAACAUGUUAAGCAUUCGCCAAAAUGUACUUAUCUACUGCAAAAGUUUGGAAAAUCUGAAGUUGAACGUAUUCAGGCAGGUAUAUCGUCAGGUAAUUUAUCUACUUCCACUGGUUCCCAGCUUCCUUAUAAGAUACGAUCUCCUCAGUAUCAAACGAUGGAGGCAAGACUUGCAAGUUUCAAGUCCUUUCCCGGCUACAUCGAAAUACCGCAUCAGCAGCUGGCUGUCGCUGGACUAUACUUCACAGGCCAAGGAGAUUUAUGCAGGUGUUUUACAUGUGACGGCGGACUCAAGGACUGGAGUAUAGGAGAUGAUCCCUGCAGAGAACAUGCAACAUAUUUUCCUAAUUGCGACUAUAUUAAUCAACUGAAAGGACGAGAUUAUGUGAAAGCUUUGCAACAGACAAGACAAAACAGUCAAUCAGCGGGUGCAGCUGGUGGAGCUUCUCAGCCAAUGUUAGAACCAGAAACCUCCACAUUAUUGUCAAUGGACAGACUUCACAUUUCUAGCAGUGAUCAUUCCAGAUCAACCGUCAGUCAGAUAACGGGGAUGGGAUAUUCAAAACGUGAUGUGGAAGCAGCGAAAGCCGAGCUGGAGAGAAAAGGUGAUACAAAUCCAAGCGUACAAAGUAUUGUGAACACAAUACUUGAUAUGCAAGACCGAGAGAAAAAUAGUACUGCUGCAGCGGACAACGAUCUCGAAGAUUUGCAAGCCAUUGCUGAAGAAAAUGAACGACUUUCCCAGAUGGUCCAGUGUAUGCUGUGUGUUGAGGAGGAACCGGAUAUACUAUUUUUGCCAUGUGCACAUCAUCGCAUUUGCCACAAAUGCUCUGAAAACAUAACUCAUUGUCCAGUUUGUAACAAUUACAUAAAGGAAAAGGUCAGGACGUAUCGGGCGUAGCGCUGGGGCAUUGUAACAAAUAAGUAAUAUUUGAGCGUGACACUUCUUAUCUGAACACGUUUUCAGUGAAACAUGUAUAUGAAUAUUACGAGAGUAGGUUGCAAGCCCAUGAUAUAACAAAAAUUAAAGAUAAAUUGUUCUUGUGUAUAUGUGACUAAUCAUGUAUUUUCCAAUGUGGUUCUUUUAAUUUAGACAGCGUGUGACUUGAUCAGUGUGUGAACUCACUUGAGUGUAUUUAUACAUAUAACUUGCGCUUAUCCAAUCUGCAAUAUUACUUACAACCUCUCGCUUGUUUUAUUCGGCAUGUUUAUGCGAACUUGUUAAAAUAAUGAAGUAGCCCUUGUGUGUAAAGUAUUGCCUGUUUGUUACAAGUGCCCCAUAUUCUCCCAUAUUCCGGAAGUCCGCGCCUAGGUUUUCAAGCCAAGGCUGAGAGCAACAAAAUAAGAUAAAAGAAAUAAGGUCGACGUUUGUUAAAAAAAUACCGCUAAUCUAGUAAAUAAGGCUGGAAUUUUUCGAAGCAGUGAAAAUUCAUUUGAUGUCGUUUUAGAGACUGAAAGAUAAUGGUGGGUUGUUUGUGCUCCCAGCGCUGCAAGCAGUCGGUAACGGAUGUUCUCCCAGCGCUGCAUGCGGGUCGGUAACAGACGUUUUCCCAGCGCUGCAUGAGGGUCGGUAACGGACGUUCUUCCGGCGCUGCAUCCGAGUCUGUAACCAUGCCAUGGAUAUACUACCACUUUAUAUGCCCUACCGUUUGUUAACUCAGCGCCGGAUUAUAGUGAUGAAUACAGCCAGUCUAUCUACCCGUCUACCUAUCGGUUUCUUGUUAUCUCUAUGGCCCGUGACAUCGCUGUAAAGCAUGGUUGUAAUACAUGUACGGUACUGACUAGUGCACAAAUUAAACCCACUAGAGCUAACGCGGCUUAUAAUAUUGUUCUUUAAUAAAGUUAUUAAGUAUAUAUAUAUCUAUUUCGUGAAUUUUAACACAAACAUUUCAUAAUUUUAGGAUUUUCUUUAAAUUCAUCAAUAACUCCCUUAUAUCUUAAAACGAUGUUUCAGCAAAUAACUUUUUAUUUACACUACAGUAAGUUCUUUGAUUUUUAUGCCACCGAAGAUGGGCGUAUUAAAAUCGCACUGUCCGUACGUUCGUCCGACCAUAAAUUUGUAAAUUCUUGUCCGGACUGUAUAUCUGCCAUCCAUGAAGUGAUUUUGAAAUAACUGGAACAAAUGGGACCCCUAGCUCUAAGGUCAAGGUCACACUUAGAAGUCAGAUGUUAAUAGUGUCUGUUUCGUGUCCGGUUCGUAACUCUGCCAUUCAUCAAGGGAUUUUGAAAUUUCUUGGCAUAAAUGUUUACAACGUGUCAUGCGCAAGACCCAGACGCCCAGCUCUAAGGUCAAGGUCACACUAAGAGGUCAAAUGUUCACAGGGUCUGUUUUUCUGUCCGGUCCAUAACUCUGCUAUCCAUGUAGGGAUUUCGAAAUACCUUGGCAUAAAUAUUCCCCAUAACGAUAAAACGUGUUAUUUACAACAACUAGACCCCUAAUGCUAAGGUCAAGGUCACAUUUAAAGGUUAAAGGUUAACAUGGUCUGUUUCUUGUCCGUUCCAUAACUCUUCCAUCAGUGAAGAGAUUUUAAAAUUACUUGGCAUAAACGCUCCCUAUAUUGAGAUGUCGUGUCAGACUCAAUACCAAGACCCCUAGCUUCAAGGUCAAGGUCACACUUAGAAGUCAAAGGUUUACAUUGUAUGUUUCUUGUCCGGUCGGUCAAUAACUCCAUUCAUCAAGGGAUGUUAAAAUUACUUGUCACAAUUGUUCCCUAUAAUGAGUUGGUGUGUCGUUCUCAAGACCCAAACCCCUAGCGCCAAGGUCAAGGUUACCUUUGGAGAACUUUUUUUUUAUCUGGUCACAAAAUGAUUCAUACCUUAACUAUUCUGGCAUAUUUUGCGCAGACAACUGUAGCAUUCUUGGGCACACUUCGGGCAUUUGUCACUAAUAGUGACACCUCUUUUCUGAGGUUCAAUUUUAAAUACUUAGUAUAUUUUGAAAGUUAUAUAUACUUGUAUUGCUUCCCUAUAAAAUGUCAAGGUCAGUAGUGGCUGUUUGUCAAGUUACUUUAAAGACGCACCACAAAAUAACUGUAUUCUUUUGUAUUUCCACGAUGGUAAUUAUAGAAAUAACAAGUAUCUAGUUACAAAUUGACAGUGACAUAUAUAAGGCUAAGACAAUGUGUUUAAUGUUUGAAUAUAUUAUUGAAUUAAUGUAGUAGUAUGCACGGUACUUCAUGUAUUAAGGUAAGUUUAGACCACACUAAACACAAGUUGUGAAAACAGGGCCUAAAUUGUCCACCUGUCAUUUUGUAGAAUAGCUGUAUUAUACCAGUGUUACCAGAAUUAUUUGCAAAAAGUUCGCGUGGGAGGAAAAAGUAGGUCACUAGGUCGUGGUGGGUCUUUAACACUUAAAGUAAUGAUUUGAAUACUGAUGGUUAAAAUAAAUACUAUAGCCUAUUUAUUAACGGUUAAGGCGAAUGCGAUACUGUUACACACUGAUAGCCACACGAAAACUACAUGCAAAGAUAGACUUGUCAUAGUACGCUACGCCGAAAAUAUAAAGUGAUAAUAUUGGACUGGGAAUUCAUGGCAUGGGAUGAAAGAGAGAAACACAUCAGUUUUGAUAGUAAACACUAUUCAGUAAGAAAGGAUUUUUGUUUCGUUUUAUAUCUGUUGGGGAGGGCCGUCAUUUAAUGUUGUAAGAACUUGUGGCCCGACCCAUUUGCUUAUAUGUUUGUGUUUGUAAAAAAUGUUAUAUAUGCUUGUAAAUAUUGAAUGAGCAAUAAAAUAUGUUUAAACUAAA